CUCCAAGGCGUCUGCAAAGUGCUCUAUUAAAGGACUUGAUAGUGUAUAUACGACCAAUACACCCAGAUUUGGUCCUAGCUCUCUAUCUCAAUCCAGUUCGGACGUACUCAAUUAUACAAUCCCCUUUCACGAAUCUAAACAUCAUCAUGUCCCUCUCGAUCCACGAAGUAGCAGCCAGCGCAGUCCAAGCCAGGUCCCGCAUCAAAUCCCACAUCUACACAACCCCCCUCCUCCCAGCCCGCGUAGCAGGCAACUCCCACAACGCUCAAGUCCUCUUCAAAGCAGAAAACUUUCAACUCACAGGCUCCUUCAAACUCCGCGGCGCAACCUCCAAAAUCUCAGCGUCCCAAUCCCAAUCCAAUCCAGAUAGCACCACCACAAAACUCAUCACCGCAUCCUCAGGAAACCACGGCAUCGGCGCCGCCCACGCAGCCCACGCCCUCAACCGCGCCCUAACAGUCGUCCUCCCAGAAACAGUCUUCCCCGCCAAACUCGCCAAAAUAAAAUCCUACGGCGCCACCGUCAUCCUCCACGGCGCAGAAACAGGUCUCGCCGAGCAACAUGCCCAACAACUCGCCGCCUCGGGGGAGUAUACCUACAUCUCACCCUACAACGACCCCCUCGUCGUCGCGGGGCAAGGAACAAUCGCCCUCGAGAUUCUAGAGCAGACCGCGGCGCAGGGAAUCCCCCAGCUAGACAACAUCUUCAUAGCCAUGGGCGGCGGCGGCCUCAUCAGCGGCAUCGGCUCCGUCCUCAAAUCCUUUGCCCCCAACGUCAGAAUCUUCGGUGUUUCUGCUGCAAAUUCCCAGGCUUUGGCGGAGUCGAUCCUCGCGGGAAAAGUCGUCGAGACGGAGCAUCUGCCUACCCUCGCCGAAGCGGUGGCCGGCGGGAUGGACGAGGACUCGAUUACGCUGCCGCUUGCGAGGGAGGUGGUGGACCGGGUUGUGGAGUGUAGCGAGGGGGAGAUUGCGGAUGCGAUGAGGAGGAUUGCGGUGGAGGAGAAUAUGAUUGUCGAGGGCGCUGCUGCGUUAGCGCUAGCGGGGUUCGAAAAGGUGAAGGAGGAGGUUGGGGGCCAGACGAGUGUUGUUUUGCUCUGCGGGGGGAAUGUUGAUCAGGGGGUGGUGAAGAAGGUUGUUUAUGGGUUGGAGUAGUUGGUAUGGGAUGUGUGUUGGCUUGAAAGGUUUAAUCUUCAGGUGUACAGCUGCCGGGCUGGGUGACAAUCAUCGUCAUUUUCGAUGAUAUUGCUUAGGGGUGAGAUCGAGCCGAUGGCCAUACGCUAGAGAGAGCCAGGCUUGGAACAUGUUAAACUUCCAGUACAUAAACAUGAUGUGGUGAGUACGAAUUAUUUACGUAUUAGGAGCAUUGUAGCUCCGAGUCUGCCGG